GGGUGAGUCGGUUUUGACGUCCUGGUGCAAUCGGGAUUUCCCCUCACCAACUCACCGUGGGACGCGCAGAUUUCCGCCUGUGGAGUGCGGAAACCCUCGCAAGACAUAUUCUCCAGUGCUCGCUUGUCAUCGUCACGAAGAAGGGAAGCUAGGGUUUCUUGAUUGAUCGAAAUCUCCAGCGAGGGGAAAGGCGAUCCCAUCGUUGUUCUUUAGAUCCAGAAGAUAACUCGGAGGAGGAGAUGUCUGUGACGGCGGGUAUCAGUGAUUCGGCGAUUGCCGUCCGUGAUAAGCUCAGGGGGAAGAUUGGCCAGACCAAGGUCAAGAGGUACUGGCCUGGAAAGGCCCCGGAAUGGGCUGAUGAAGUCGAGGAGGAUGCCGAUAUCCGGAGCGCGAGGUUGGCCGCUCUCGAGAAGGCCUUUCCGACUCGCGAUGAUUCUGAUGUUGCCCAGAAAGACGACCGCAGGCUGCGUCGUCUGGCGGAGAGCAGGGUGGAUAACAAGGAGGAAGUGAGGGCUGAUCAUAGGCGGAUCCGGCAAGCGGAGAUAAUAUCCACCAUUGAAGAGGAGAAGGAUCGGCUGGAGGAGCUGGAGGAGGAGGAUGACGAGGCAUUUGAGGAGAGGAGGAGGAGAUUAAGAGAGAAGCUUCUUCAGAGGGAGCAGGAAGAGGCUGCCCUUCCCCCGGAAGAAGAGGAGGAAGAAGCUGAAGAGGAGGAGGAGGAGGAAUCAGAGUAUGAAACAGACUCAGAGGAGGAGCAAAUGGGUAUUGCCAUGGUGAAACCUGUCUUUAUUCCGAAAUCGCAGCGGGACACCAUUGCAGAGAGGGAGAGGCUUGAAGAGGAGGAGAGGCGUCUUGAAGAGCUGGUGAAGAGGAAAUUAGAGGAAAGAAGGGUCGAGACAAAGCAGAUUGUGGUGGAGGAGAUAAGGAAAGAUGAAGAAAUUCAGAAGAAUUUGGAGGCAGAGGCAAACAUUGCCGAUGUUGACACGGAUGAUGAGGUAAAUGAGGCUGAGGAGUAUGAGGCAUGGAAGGCUAGAGAGAUUGCAAGGAUUAAGAGGGACAGGGAGGACAGAGAGGCAAGAUUGAAGGAGAAGGAAGAAAUUGAGAAGGUGAGGAACAUGACGGAGGAGGAGCGGCGGGAAUGGGAGAGGAGGAAUCCGAAGCCACUCCCCCAACCCAAGCAGAAGUGGAAGUUCAUGCAGAAGUACUACCAUAAGGGUGCCUUCUUCCAGUCGGAUGCUGAUGAACGUGCCGCUACAGCAGGUUCAGAUGGUAUCUACACACGUGAUUUCUCGGCACCAACAGGGGAAGAUAAGAUGGACAAGACCAUACUACCGAAGGUCAUGCAAGUCAAGCACUUUGGACGCAGUGGAAGGACCAAAUGGACUCAUCUUGUUAAUGAGGACACAACUGAUUGGAACACUCCGUGGGCCACUAAUGGUCCUCUUCGAGCAAAGUACAACACUAAAAUGGCAGGCAUGAAUGCGCCUAUUGCAAAACCUAAAGGAAGCAAGAAAUUGAAGGAUUGGGAUAACAAAUAGUUUGGUUCCAUGAUGAAGAUGGACAUAUAUAUAUAUAUGUAGUUAUUAAUCCUUUGCUUCCUUUUUUUUCUUCGUAUGGAUGUUUAUGCCAGGUUUCUGGAUCCUGUUCUUUAUUUUAUACUUCAAUCUAUUUCCUUUACAAGUUUUUAUCCCCCUGAGUGACA